GGAGUCAAUAUAUUUGUAGAGCAGUGGCAGUCUGUCACUUACGAGACACAGAAUAGGUUUCUACAUCCAACAACCAAAAGCAGUUUAAGUUGCAGCAUGGAUCCACAGUCAAAAAUACUGCUCUGCUGGAUUUGCCUUCAAGUGAUCUUUGCCUCUGCUUUUUCGGAUGUGUGGAAGGCAGAAGUUGUCUCUCCAGUGGAGGCGCUGGUCUCAUCUUGUGUCGUGUUGCCCUGUAAGUUUAAUUACCCUGGCCUUCAACGUCCUGACUCUCGGCUGAAGGGAAUCUGGCACAAAGAUCCAAACAAAAAUGCACGCAUCUAUGAUGAAGAUCCUUUCUUGAUUGAGGAUAACUUCAAGGGGCGCACAAAGCUAAUUGGCCGACUGAGUGAGAAAAACUGCUCAUUGGAGAUAGAUGAAGUGAGAGACCACGACGACGGCCCGUUCUGUUUCAGAGUUGAAAUCACAAAUAUAGAGAAAUUCUCUUUUGUGGAGAAGUGUGUGACCAUCAAUAUGAAACCCGAACCUGACAAACCAAAUCUGGAUCAUGAAGAAUCCUUCACAGAGGGAACACCUGCUGUCUUUAAGUGUUACGUCAGACACACCUGUCCCACACACCACCCAACUAUUGAAUGGAAUCGUCAAGAUGCUAAACCUCGUUUGUCCUAUAAGGACAAUGGCUUUGGGGUUUGGGAGGUGGAGUCCCUCCUGAUCUUCCCUGCCACAGAGAAGGACGAUCACACUGACAUCACCUGCACUGUCACAUUCCACGGCAACAAGAAAUCUGCAGUCACUCACAAGAUAUACAUAAAACGUGAACAAAAUUUCUUUCACAUCAUUAUUCCUGUGGCCGCUGUGCUCGGAACCAUCACUGUAUUUGGAUUGGCAUGUUUCUUCGUGACCAAGAGAUACAAGAAACAGAUCCAAGAUCUUCAAUCUAGAAAUCCAAAUGGGGUAUGGAGUCGUCUCUCCAGAAUGUCGCACAGGGUCAGGUCAGUGGGACAUAUAAGGACCAUGGGAGACAGAGCCUGAUUCCCUCAAAACUAAUCUAAGUAGACUCAUCUGUUGCCUGUUUUUAUAUACGCACUUCCCCAGAAAGAGAUUUAAAAUGAACGCUUAGGUUUAAUAAGUACAUACAAUUUAAAUACACACAUACAAUUUAAACACACACACACACACACACACAAAGAGUCAUUAUUUUGUCAUGCGUCUGUCAUAGUGUGUUAAGAAUAUUAUUAUGGUUAUCUUGUGCCAUGGCAGUCCUCUCUUAUUUUUAUUAAUGUUGUCUCAUGAAAUGAUUUUUGAAACUUAGCCUUUUAAUUUGAAGAAAGUGUAAUGUAAAUUUGCUUUAACUGAAAGCUUGACUCUCAUAAUGUCCAUCUCAUCAUGUGCAGUUUUUAGAGACUUGUUUAACAAAAAUGCAAAUUGAGGAAGAUCCACUACCAGGCUGAAUGACAUCAUGACAUAAUACAGUAUAAGCACAGUUGGACAUCAUUGCUAUUCUUUAGGAGUUAUAAAGCAGAUAGCAUCAGCUGUACUCAACUUCGUCCCUUAAUUAUAUGACUUUCAUGACUGCUUUUGUUUAUUUCUUAUAAGUGCUGAUAAAUUUGUAGGUUCAUGAAAACACACACACACACACACCUCAAGAAAUAGCGAGGGCAUUUUGGUACUUAUGAAUAAAGUCUUAAUAUGAAGCACCUGUUACUGUCAAACACUCACUCAAAUGUACAAGAUCGUUCACUGAUAUGGUCAUAUAGUUGGUAUCAGAGUUAUAUCUGAUCAUUCUGAAAUCAGUGCAUAACAAUAUGAACAUCUGUUGUUGUUCUUCUUUCGGAUGCUCCCUUUAAGGGUCACCACAGCUGAUCAUUGGUCCCCAUAUUCGAAUUGGCACAGUUUUUACACCAGAUGCCCUGCCUGAUGCAACCCCAAUUUUACCUGGGCUUGGGACUGACACUGGAAUUGCACUGUUGUGUGCAACCCUAUUGGCUGGGGUUGGUUCCCUGGCUGGGACCCGAACCCAGGUCAUGGCAAUGAGUGCGCCGUGGCCUAUCCACUAGUCCUCCAGGGACCCGAUAUGAACAUCUGCACUACAAUCAUAUUAUACAUGUUAUAUAUUAUGUGUUUAUCUGCUUGGUCAGAAGAUGUUGAUUAAUUUUCUAUAACAGCAUGAUUAUGACAGCAGUUCCAAGUAGUAGCUGUAAGUGGAAAUGUUUAUUUAACAUUUACAAAGGUGUCAGUGCUUUGUCAAUAAGUUUUCCGACAUAGGAAAGUGUUCAGGACGGAGGACCAGGGGUAGACAAAGUACUGAAAAAAAUUAUAGUUAAAUGAAAGUAUAGAUAAUGUGUCAUAAUCUUACUCAAUUGAAAGUGGAAAUAUCCUGCCAAAAGUGUACUUGAGUCAGAGGAAGAAGUUUCUGCAUAUAAAUAUACUCAAGUAAAUAUUUUAAAUCAAUGGCAUUAUGUUAAUAUCAUGUUCUCAUGCGUAACAUAAAGCUUAUCACUUAUCUAAAACUAUUAGAAGGUGAUUUUCAUUUUGAAGCAAUUACACCAUUUUGCCUGAAAACAUCAUUCAAUCUUUGCAAGUUUGCUGGUCAUAUGCAUGAUGAACACAAAGUACUUUCCUAAUAAAUUCAUCAGAAGUAAAUCCUGUAAAUACCAAAUAUUUACCAUAAGCUAGGAUUUGACUUUCUGCCUAGCCAAUUUAUGUUAUGUUUAUGUUUGUAUUUAUGGAAUUAAUGCUAGUGUAACCUGGCAUUAGCAAAGCAUAACCUAGUUAAAUAUAGCCAGUUAAUAAUAGAAAAUUAGUGAAACUUACCUCAACAUGCUUUUUCAAAGUAGAUGGAGUCCAUGCCUUCUAGGAAGGCGAAGCAGGUUCCUCUCUUUAGACUAGUCAUUUCUUUGUCUAGCAUAUUGAAACAUUUACAGAGUUAGGCCAGGGGCACUCAUCCUCAAGUUCCACAGUGCAUUCCACUGGCUUAUCCAUCUCCAGAUGUACACAGAUCGCUGUAGCUUUAACUACACUGUGUUGCGUGAGAAGGUCAGAGAAGAUGACUGAUUAGUGUGAUUCUUGAUAGUUUUUUUUCCUACAUUGAUGAAAGUGAUUGGAUGCAAAACUGAACCAAUUCAUUUGAUAUAUAGCACGUAGUCAUUGGCUGGAUGAGAGAAGAAGCCUUUGAGAUUUGUAACAAGUACUUUGGUCAGGUCAGGUCUAAACAGAAAUGUAAGGAGAAAAAGUAUAAAAAUGAAGCACAAUUACCCAUGUUUUUUCCAACCCUGCAGAGGUUUCUCAGAACGUUGGCAAAUCACUGUGGUAUGAAAACAGUACUUUGGGGUGGUAACAGUAACUCCAUGUAGUGUCAGUCUGCAUCAGACUGCCCUGUCACUGAUUAUCUUCAUGUCCUGUUGUGUUUUAUUUCUUGCUUGUAGCUUAAGUGAAUGGCAGGCAACAGUGUGCCAAAACAGAACAGUGCAAAAUACUGACCGAUCAGCAGAUUGAUAAUCAUACAAUCAUACAAGGGGUAACAAAGACAAUGCAUGAAAAAGUGAAGUAGGAUUAAUAAUUUGUCUUUAUUUAGUAUUCUUAGAACUGUCAAACAGCAUCAGUGAAAUGCAGCUUUUUUUAAUUGUCUUUUUCUGUUCCUUUUUUCUGUUCCUCCUUUAUUACAGGAAAACGCAAACAUAGCUCUUAACUAAAACUGCACAAUGGAUUUGUGUUUAUUUUCCUUCACCAUUUAUUUAACAUUUUACUCAGAGUACAAAUUUAGUAGAAUGAUUAAAGAUAGCAUUAUCUAAGGCAUCAUACCAGGGUAAAGUAAAAGCUUUCAAACCACACUUACUUUCACAGGUUGUCCAACAUGAAAGUCACGAUUAUUUAUACUGUGGACAGCUAUUUUGCGAAGAGGACUGGACCUUCUCUGAGAACAUCUUUCAGUGCAUAAUUUGAUGCCUGCUCCUGAAAACCAAAUAAAACUCAUUCCUAUUAACCAUGCAUGCAAGUACUGGGACAGGAACGCUGGAAUUGUUAGCUUGCUAAAUUAAACAUAAUAAAAAGCUAAACCAAUACUUAAAAUAAUACCUUUAAUGAAUCUAAUGAAUCUAAUUUUAUUUUUUUUUUACCCAAACCUGACUGUUUAUCCAUUACUGCUUUAUAGGAGCUAUGGAAGAAGGCAAGCGCCUGAAAGGAGUGUUGACACUAAGUUAAACAACUGUGUAAGUUCCGUGUCAGGAACAACAGAAUUCUCAAAACCCCGCUUUCCAUCUCCAAAGAGUGAAAAAAAAGGCAACAAAUCUGGUGGCACAUGUGCAGAUGACUGUGGUGAUGAUUACAUCAACAUGGAAGACCUCAAUGUGUAUGGGAAUAUCUGAUGACAGAAAUCCAGGCUAUCAUCUCUUUUUUAAUGUGUUAUAUUCUUUUUAGGCUUACUGUGUCUUGCUGUUUUAAAAUUUCUGUUGUAAUGAGAAUCCUAUUCCUGCUUUGUAUGUGGAGUUUGUUAAAUGAGGAAGCUGAGUUGAGUCUUCAUUUUUUGGCAACGAUACAAGGAUAUUUUGCAUAUGGGAAAGGUCCACUGAACAGCAGCUUCACCACAGAUUGUGCUAUUUUUUAUUUUUUACAUUUCAGUAGAUAGGGUUUUAGUUCUUCUUACUGACUGAUGAUUAAUCAAUGUUUAUGCCCACACACUUGGCCAGUUGCAUUAUGUACAGUUGAUUAGUAACUCUACUAACAAUAUAAAUACUAUUGUGUUUUCUUUGUUUUUUUUUUUUGCCU